AUGAUUUCAACAAUCGGCACAACAACAAUUCAAACUACAGCACCAAACUCGUUAGUCAUGAAUCCAACAUCUAUGUUAGUAGAGAUGAAAAGCUUCAUUCCUUCUUCAUAUACUUUCGAAACAAAAAUCCAGAAGAUAAAGCAAGAACUUUUAACAAGUAAUUUAGACUGUAGUGCGAAAGAUGAAACAAAUGAACAGUAUCUUUAUGAAAUGCAGGACAUUAUUGACCAUUUACCCAAAUUGCCUGAAAUCCAACAACAAAAACUAACUAUUCCUGAAUUCGACGAAAUUGAAGUCAAAACAACUGACUCAGUAGAAAUAAAGAAGUUCAUACGUAAAGUAAAUUAUGAAUUCCUUGGUUUUCAUUGCAACCAUAAAGUUAUGGACAAAGAUUGCGACAUGGUUUAUAAGAAUGUUUCUGACAUAUAUAAAUCUGAAGAAUUUAAGACCUACGAUAACUUUGUUUCAUUAGUUGCUGAAUGUGUUUGGGAAAUAAGAGAUAAAGAUAGAAGAGGCAAAGUAUGGAACGAACAACUAAGACCCGCUAUGUUUGAGAUGAAGAGAGCAAUUGACGCCUUAGUUGUUUUAGCAGGUCAAAUUUCAAUGUAUAACGCAAAAAUGAACCCGCAAUGUUCAAAAUGUAAGGCAGCGAUGAGGAAAUAUAACUACUCCGUCAAAGAGAUAGAAAGAAUGAGAAACGACUAUGCAGAUUUAAAGAAAGAAGUAGAAAAGCCAGCAGAAGAUAAAAUGGACAU